AGAUGACAUAAAAUCAAAUCUUGAAUUUUUGUGUUCUUAUCACUUUUCAUUCCUUAAAAAAAUAUUUUUAUAAAAAAAAUGCAAGAAACUCUUCUAAUAUUAGAAUCGAAUGGCCUUCUAAAUGAGAUCAUAAACGCCUCAAUUGACAAACUUCUGAAUCCAUCAAAUCUCCCUUCAAAGCCAACAAAAUCCAGCAAACUUUCCAAAGCCUUCGACGAAGAAACAAUCGAAGGUCUUCUCAAGAAAUUCUCAGUUUUGUACAAAAAUUACUGCUUGAACUACAUCAACGACGAUCAACUUCUCUCGGAAUUCCCCGAACUCUCCGAAGACUCGAGAAAAUUGAUUCUUUCAGCAAUUAAAGCAAACAAAAGUAAAAUAUUGGAAGCUCAAAUAAUUCUCUUGGGAGAUCCAAAUGAGAAAACGAUGAAAUAUUUCGAUUGGGAUGUCACUCAAGUGCUUAGCAACAGCAGUUUGGAGGGACAAAAAACAAUUUUAAUGAAUUUAACAACGACUUCGACGCAGGAUGAAGUGUCGCAUUUUGAAUUAACGCGAGAAAAUGUUGAAAAAUUAAUUAAAUUACUUGAAGAAAAUAAAAAUUAA